ACAAACAGAUAUCGGUUAUUAUUCAAUUGCUCUAUAUGUGUGUGUGUGGCCAUCAUUCAAUGUGAUCUACGUUUUCUGUAUGUCUGUGUGUUUGGCUCAUAUUCAUGUUUGGAUCGAAAUUCUCAUCCAUUUGUGUGUGUGUGUGUGCAAUGGAUCUGUGUUUACAUCAAUUUCGAACAAAGCCAUUAAAUUCGAAUCAAAGAUAGGGUGUGUGUGAGAGAGAGAAAAAAAGAAAAAAACAAUGAAUGAAAUGAACUGUGAGACAACAAGAAAGUGCAAACAACCACAACAAUCAAUUGAGCAAUAACAAUCGACUCUAGUUGUUUUGAUUAUUGUUAUUUAUAGAAAUCAAACCGUUUCUCGAUUUCGAUGAUGAACAUGUGCUCGUUUUUGAUCCAAGCAUAGCAUCGACAUUCUUCAUUGUAAAAUUGUUCACGGCCACAAAAUUGUUCUCCACUUACAGUCGAAAUCACGUAUCAUCGAUGGCUGUUGUGGUGGUUGUUGUCAACCAUCAACCAUAAUGAACGAUUGAUCAUUAUUUAAAAAAACAACAACAAUGGUCAAACGAUCCACAAAUCGUGCAUCAGCUGCUGGCUGUGGACCGAUCGCUGCGGCCGGUAAUUCCGGUGUUGGUUCAACAACCGGUAGUCAACGUGGGGCGGCUGCUAGCACUACAUGUGGUAAAUGUUGUUAUUAUUUCCGUCAGGUUGUCACUUUUCUAUUCUCGCAUAUUGGUCUCUGUACGUUGCUCUUGGGCUAUGCUCUUGUCGGUGCGUUUACGUUUCAGGCAUUAGAAUCGGUUCACGAAAAAGAACAACGUAUUGAGAUGCGGAAAUCACGUGAUCUACUCAUACAAAAAUUAUCGAAUCUGACCAAUGAAUCGAUCAUUCUUCGAUUCGACAAUUGGACCCGAAGAGCCGAAGAUAUUCUUAUCGAAUUCGAAAAAGGAUUCCUACACGCUGUCAAAUACAAAGGUUACGAUGGCUAUGAAGAAUUGAACAAAACCAAUUCCCAAUGGUCAUUCUCUGGUGCACUUCUCUACUCGAUUAUAGUUAUCACCACCAUUGGCUAUGGUAAUGUGGCUCCUAGAACAGAAUGGGGAAAGGUGGUUACCAUCCUGUACGCUAUAAUUGGGAUUCCCUUGAUGCUAUUCUGUCUAUCCAACAUAGGUCACAUGAUGGCCCGUUCGUUUAAAUUUAUCUACUGGAAAUGUUGUUGCUAUCUUUGUGUCAAGCCUAAAAAAGAACGUCGACGGCGGCGUCAACGUCAGAUACAAAAACAUCGACGUCGUCGUGCUCGACAACAACAACAGCAAGCUACCAUCCAUGAGACCGUUAUGGCCAUGAAUCCAUUGCUAUUAUCGAAUGGACCAAACUAUCUGGUUGGGCCACAGCAAUCAUUGUUACAACAACGAAUUAGCCGCUCACGAUCCUCACAACGAUCUGACGGUCGCCAGAGUGAAAAAUGUUCCAUGCUCAGGAAUCAGCAACCACAAGAAUCGUUGGCUGCAACUGAAACUCACAAUUCAUUGUCGAAUACAUUGCAACUACCAGAACGCAUGAUGCUUUCUCGAUCACUAUCGGCUCGUUAUCACAAUGAAUUACGUGCUAGAAAAUCACGUGCAGGUAAAUUGGCUCAAUCAUCCAAGUUAGUUCCGGUUCGAAAGACGACCGUCAAUAUGCCACCAGUCAUAUGCAAUCAGUAUGCUUCGUAUAGCGAUGAACGUUUAGAUCGAGCGGUACUAGCUUCCAAUUCAAUGUCCAAAAGGCCUAGUGUGUUUCGAUCCAGUUCAAUGGCCGACAGCGGUACAAUGGCAAGAUGCCGUCAACAGCAACAACUCAAUGCACAGGUUCGUUUUGGUCAAAAACAACAGCCUACUUCCUUGCAAUCACCACAGCCAUCCUCAUCCAUCAGACAAUCAGCUUCAUCAUCUAAUCUGAUGACAUCAUCCUAUCAACAGCCAACACAACAACGAUCAAUACCAUCGUCAGACAUGAUGAUGUUGAUGCAAAUGAACCAUCAUAUGAGCACCACCACCACCACCACAUUCCAGCCUACAGGCCAAUUGUAUAGUUCACACCCGAGGCCAUCCCUUUUACCGAUGGACAUAUCGGAUCCAAGUGAGGAUAAAUCACAUGAUGGAUCACACAAUGAUCUCGAUUCUGACAUUGACAACGAAAACAAAGAGAUUCAGGAGAAAAAUAUACCGAUUACAGUAUGUUUAGCUUUGGUCAUAAGCUAUAUCUGUGGUGGUGCAUGGUUCUUUUCCACAUCGGAAGAAUGGUCUUUUCUUGACGCAUCAUACUUUUGUUUCAUCACAUUGUCGACAAUCGGCUUUGGCGAUCUAGUACCAGGCCGAACUGUUCUGUCAACACACGAAGAUGGUCAAAUGACAUUGGCCAUAUGUGCUCUGUAUCUGCUGUUUGGUAUGGCAUUGUUAGCCAUGUCGCUUAACCUAGUAAAAGAGAAAGUGCUCGAAACAGUACGUAUUGUGGGCGAAAGAAUCGGCAUUCUAGUUAGCGAUGAUGAUGAUGAUGAUGAUGCUGAUGACGACAUAGAUUAUGAUAGUGAAUUGGAACUACCAUAA